AAUGUUUUCUCCUACUUUGUUUCUAGGAAUGAGUUUAAGUAUUUCCAGAGAAUGACUAGCACAUCCCAUGUGGAAGGUAAACAGAAUGCACUGAUAAUGGGUAAGAAAACCUGGUUUUCCAUUCCUGAGAAGAAUCGUCCUUUAAAAGACAGAAUUAAUAUCGUGCUCAGCAGAGAGCUCAAGGAAACCCCAAAGGGAGCACAUUACCUUUCCAAAAGUCUGGAUGAUGCUUUAGCUCUUCUGGAUUCACCAGAGUUAAAAAGUAAAGUAGACAUGGUUUGGAUUGUUGGAGGUACUGCAGUUUAUAAGGCAGCGAUGGAGAUGCCAAUUAAUCAUCGACUUUUUGUGACAAGAAUUUUGCAUGAAUUUGAAAGCGACACUUUUUUUCCAGAAAUUGACUUCAAUGACUACAAACUUCUCUCAGAAUACCCAGGUGUCCCUGCUGAUAUCCAAGAAGAAAAUGGCAUCCAGUACAAAUUUGAAGUGUAUGAAAAAGCUGUCUUGGCACAAUAAAUGCAGCUUUUUGUACUUCUACAUAAGGGUAGGCAUUUUACAUAAUAAAGUCUUACUGAGUGUAAAUAUAUAUGUAUUACAUUGUUGCCAGAAAAUUCUGCUUGAUAGUACAAUACUUUAGCACUAAAUGAUUCCAAAAAACAAACCCACCACUUUGAAUAUACGUGCUGCAGUGGAAACAUGAGUGCAGUCAGCAGCAUGAACAAGGUAGCUCUAAGAAAUGCCUCAACUAUGGUUGUGUGAGACCUUGUAUUGAACUUUACAACCCAAGGCAACAUCCAUAACAAUUACUUGAGCAACGAAAGCAGGUAGACUGCAGUAAGAACUUUUCUAACUAAAACAGCUGUUUUGAGUAGUUUUUUGUUGGUGGUGGUGGUUUGUUUUUUUUUUUAAGUUUGGAGUAUCUUCUAAUUCAAGAAGUCCAACGUUGAGAAGGCAUCAAAGAUCCUGAGCUUGAUUGGGAUGGUAUAUACAUAUAUAUCAACCUUUACAAAGUGUACAAGAAAGGGAAAUUAAGUUUGAAAGCACAACAAAAGGAUAAGGAGGCAUGAGACCGCUCAAGUCAUGGUGAAAUGGAGUCUGGAAGUCUCAGGCAGCAAUCCAGGGAUACACUGAUCUUUCACAGAAAUCCUCUGUCGUCAUCUUAACGCAGUAGGCUGGGUACACAGCCUACUUCACUCCUUUUGACUGAAAAUACUGUAUUACGGCUUAAUCUGAUAAAGAGGUUUAACUUUUCAAUUGACCUGACACUUGUGUAAAGGCUUGCAGAUCUUUGUUGCAGGUAUACAAAAUCGCUAUGUAAGUUUGUCUGUGGCCAUUUUGCAGUGUAAGAACAUAAAUGUUACUUUCUUAACAGAAUCUGUGUUCUUGUCCCUUCUGAGUUUUAUCAAGAUGUAUAGUGUUAACUUACUUUGUCAGUGUGAUUUCAAAUAUUGUACAUGGCAUAGAAAUAUGGAUUAUAAGCAGAGUGGGUUUCUGUUUCCUCUUGGGUUACACAUAGCUAAUACAAUAACAUUUUCCAUUAUUAUUCCCUAACAGUAGCAAGCAAUACACUGGUACUGUAAUAACACUGGAAUUCUAAAGGCAUACAAUACCAAGUGUUACCAAAAUUGUUUGGUGCCAAUACUAUCACAGUAGCACAUGCUCAGUAAUACUAGUCUGCUGCUGUGUUCUGACUAUCCCUGUCCUACUCCAUGGGGAGUUUGGCAGAGGGUAGCGGAAUCCAUCUGCCAAGUGAUACA